AUGUCGACGCCUACGACGGCCGUGGCCACGCUUCCCCCGUCUAAUUAUUACGCUCACCACAGUCCGCAUCACCAGUACGCGCACCCGCACUCGAACCACCGGUCCGGCGUCUCCGCAAACUAUCGCUACGUUGCCAACCACAACUCGCCCUCAUCGGCGACGAUAACGACUGCAACGGCCCCGUCAGUUUCCAGCGGCUCCUCGACAAACCCCCAGCCGCUCACGUACACAUAUUCCACUGCUGGCGUAGCUGUUGGUUCUUCGAGGAAUCAACCUGCCCAAUUCAACGGUUACGGCGCACCAGAAAUGGCCGACCCACCAUCCAAGAAGCGUCGACGAUCUCAGGGCCCCGACUGGGACACGUUCUACCAAAAUGGCCUCCCCAAGGAAGUCAUUGUCAUCCCCGAUGACACCCCAGAGCCAGAACAGAACACUACCCGGAAGCUCGCCAACGGCAAUUCGAGUCGGACCAAUGGCCACAUUGAUGUGACGUCUUCUCACUCAAGUGGAACCGCCAAUACAUCGGCCGUACGACAGCCCGCCAAGAAGCGCCGCAAAGAGGACGAGGUCGACAAGACGCAGAGCCAAAAGUAUCGCCUUCAGCACCCUAGCUCCCAUGGCAACACCCCGGCGGGGGCUAGCAUAUCGAGUGAUGGCACAACUUCCGCCCUCAACACCACGGCUGCCACUUCGUUAUCUUCGAACGGAUACCUGGACGACAUGUCGUUACCACAAAAGCGGAAGAGGACGCGGCAGCAGGUCGCCAACGAAGCUAAGCGCAGGGAUACGGAUGUUCUCGGCAGCCGCAUGCUUACCUACAAGCCUCCGGCACAGCCUGUGAAGAAAGCACCUGAUGUACGAGUGCGUGCGGUUCCCGAUACCCGCCUCAAGGGCACCAAGGUCGACGAUGACGACGGCCAUUACAUUAUUGUUCCAGAGGCUCCUCUAACCGACCGAUACUACAUCAAACGGUUACUAGGACAGGGAACCUUUGGCAAAGUCGUCCUCGCGCAUGAUGUCAACCGCAAAAAGGACGUUGCCAUCAAAAUCAUCCGGUCUGUCCAGAAAUACCGCGAUGCUUCCAAGAUCGAGUUGAGGGUUCUUGCGACUCUCAAGGCAAAUGACGACGAGAACCGCAACCGAUGCAUACAUCUCCGAGAUUGCUUCGAUUUUUGUGGGCACAUCUGCAUCGUCAUGGACCUUCUCAGUCAGAGCGUCUUUGACUUUCUCAAAGGCAAUGGAUUUGUUCCGUUCCCCAACAGUCAGAUCCAGAGCUUCGCUCGACAGCUAUUCACUAGCGUUGCCUUCCUCCAUGAUUUGAAUCUGAUCCACACGGAUCUGAAGCCCGAGAACAUCUUGCUUUGUGACGCUCAAUAUCAGACGUUCACAUACAACCGGCGAAUUCCGUCCUCAUCGACAAACAUCAACCGCACGGCUGCACAAAGGCGAGUGCUGCUGGACACAGAGAUUCGACUCAUCGAUUUUGGAUCUGCCACCUUUCAAGACGAGUACCAUUCCUCGGUCGUGUCAACGCGGCAUUACCGUGCCCCGGAGAUCAUUCUCGGCCUGGGCUGGUCAUAUCCUUGCGAUGUCUGGAGCAUCGGAUGCAUCCUAGUCGAGUUCUACACAGGAGACGCCCUGUUCCAGACGCACGACAACCUGGAGCACCUUGCGAUGAUGGAGGCAGUUGUAGGGCGCAAAAUUGAUUCGCACUUGGUACAGCAGGUCAACAAGGGUUCCAGCCGGCACGGCGCUAACAGCGCUGCAAAAUACUUCAAACGCUUGAAGCUGGACUACCCCAAUGCCGAAACAACCCGAGGCUCCCGUCGAUUUGUGAAGGCGAUGAGGAAUCUUGACGAUGUGAUACCCACCACGACGCCAUUUAUGAGGAACUUUAAAGAUCUUCUGCGAAAGAUCUUCGUCUAUGAUCCAAGUCAACGCAUCACGGCCCAUCAAGCCUUGCAGCACGAAUGGUUCAAGGAGAUGGCACACAGCGACGAUGGCACAGAAGCGGCGCGGCUUCGCGUGCAGCGUUUAACUUCACGAGCGCAGAGACUCAACGAAGGGAGGUAUGCAGAGCAACAGACCUGGUAGUUCGCAGGCCAAGUCCAUCAACGACAGGUCAUUGUCACGACCCGAGUACGACAUAGCAUAAAGAUGGAGUUUCUGAUUUCGUUGGUUGGGGGGGAUAUCUGGAUGAGGGUUGCACAUCUGUCAUGUCACCUCGCGGAGUAUAUCGGCUUGUAUAUGCUGUUUGUUCCUAUGUCUACAGUGCGCAGUGGAUUCGGCGUUUCGGUUGAUAGUCACGAUAACUCUUGCUGAGACUCAAGGGGCGCGCACAUUGCGGAAGCAUGAAUGGAAAUGAGCAGGCCAGACACCUUGAUCUGGUUAUGACAACACCCAUGGAAUGCGCAAACAGCCUCCCCAUGAUUGCGUAA